UUACAUGUGAAGCAUUGUUCUCAGCCUAAAACCUCGCUAAAACCCUUUGCUCUUUGUUCCUCAAGGGAGAGCAAAAUGUCAGUCUCUCGUCUUAUUCCACCAAGAUUGAGAUCACUCAUCAACACUCUAGAAUGUAGAAGAUGGUGUUCUUCAGUGAAUGAUAAGGGCGAAAUUUCACCGCUGUUGAAGAAAUCAGAAGUGCCGGAGAUAUUUGAAAAGAAACAUAUGACUGAAAAUGAAGGGGUCUUUCCUAGAGAAGCACAUGUCCAGAAGGAAGUAGGUCCGUGGAAUAAUUUGGCAGCCAUUCUUCAAAUAACUAAAAAGAAGAUUUUUGGAAGUCUUAUGGAGCAGAAGAGCAGUAGCACUCAUGAAUUAACUUCCACUUCUGAUCUUAAGGGUUCCGAUAAUGUUGUAUCUGCUGAUAGUCAUGGUAGUGGAAGUAUGAGUAAUCUUAAGAUUACAAUUCAUUCAGAAAAGACAUCUGUAGCUAAUACGGAAGAAAAUGUUGACAGUGAAACAUCUCAGUCUUCUUACACAGACGAGAGUAAAGCUUUUGAGGUUGUUAAUAUGAACAAAACUUCAAAUUCAGCUGGCCCUGAAGAAUUGCUAAAUGUCUCUUCAAAAGAAUGUGAAGGGAGCUCUGACCAUUCCAAUGGCAUAUCUUCUGGUGUAUCAUCUAUCUGCGGAAAAGCCAAUUCCAAUGACGGUGUUCAACUGAUUAACGGUUUCCAUCGUUCAGAGUUAGUUGAGAAAGAGAGAGAACAAUUGCUAGUUGAGGAAGUAUCAUCAAGUGUACAAAUCAGUUCUGGUGAAGAUAUCCUGUCAAAAUUUGAUUCAUCUUGUGACUCAAAGAGGGUUUCCAGCUUAGUAGAUGUUUCUCAGGAAAAAAGAAAUAACGAACCAGAGUUGGAGGCCAAGAAUGACCAAAUGCAAAACAAGGAAGUAAUAUCAGACAUUAUUUCAAUUUUUGAGAAGAAUGGGACAUCGAAUCUCAAGCAGGUUACACAUUCUAAUAGUUUCUUACCGAGUGAAGCAACCAACAAAUGGCGGGAUGUUCUUGUGAAAAAAUCAGUAUUCUCUGCAAAUGAACGCCAUCCGGCCGAAGACACCUCUAUUCCGAUCUCACUUUCUAAGUCCGAAAUGGAUGAAAUUGCAUUAGUCUCCAAUAAUUCUUGUCACGUGGAAGCUGAUCAUCGAGCAACAGAUCAGAUUGUCGACCCAAAGAGUGAAAAAUCUGUACCUAGAGAGUUUGAGCCCCUUAAUGGAACUUCUCAUAAUAUUUUUGGAAAGAGUGGCGACAUAAAGAGCUUAAUAGAUUGUAUUAGGGAGCUGCCUCCUCAGAAGCCAUGUGUUGUUAGGCCUGAGGAAAUGGUUGUUGACAGAGAUAGGGAAAGAAGUGCAAAUAGCAGUAUCCAAGCACAAACUGAUAAGCAGACACUUGACAGGAAAAAAAGAAAGACUUCAUCUGAGGAUGUGAUUGGAAAGAAGGAAAACAGUAACCAAGAGAUUGCAUGUUUGAUGGAAAAAGGUGACCUGAACAAGGGUGAGAGUGCCUCUUUAUCUGAAAAGUUAUCAGAUGAAAAGAAAAUGACUAUAAAGUUCGUGAAUGUUACAGCUAAAGAAAGUGAUGUCUCUAAAGUUUUCAAGGGUUGUGGGGCUGUUACGAAGGUUGUGUUUCCAAGUGUCAAAUCAACUAAUUUUAAAGUUGCACACGUUUAUUUUGAGUCAGAAGAAGGAAGGCAAAAGGCUCUUAAAAAAACUGAUAUGAUGAUUAAGAAUAUAGUAGCUUUGGAGGCCACUUCUCCUCAGAAAGGGAGAGAGAGGAUGUGCAUACCUAAUUUAAUUGGUUGUCCAGAAGUUCCCGCCUCAUUGGUGAAGCAUCCUUCAAGGACAGUUAUGAUAAAAAAAUUGAACAACAAUGUGUCCUUUCAUGAUAUUAAAGAAGCUCUAUCCUUUUGCAAAAGCAACAUAACUGGAAUUUUCUUUGGUUCGUCAAGCUCCGUUGCUUAUGUGGAGUUUGAGACAGUAGAGGGCAAAGAAAUUGCUAUUGAGAAGCAUUCAUUGAUUGUGCUUGGAGAGAGACUAUCAAUCUUGAGAAUCGAUCCACCAAGAACAACCAUCGUAAGGAUAUCAAAUGUGGAUUCCCUUGCAAUGGGUAAAGUGACCUCCGUUUGCAAAAAACUGGGAAAGACUAGGCACUUCUUCCCGAGAACGAAUGACAUCCUGGAUGUGCAUUUCAAACUUGCUGAAUGGCCAAGAAUGUUAGAGAUUUUAAACAGGUUGAACGGAGUCGAAGUAGAUGGUCAACAGUUGGUAGCUAAGCCUGCACCUGUCUACCCCCCGGAUGUGCUUAACGUUCUCUGGAGUCAACCCGAGGGGAGAAAACAUUUGAAAACCGCGUUCAACAGCAUGCUGCUGAAAUUAGGGGAAGAAAAUACUGGUUUGGCAAUACUUGUUGAUAACUUUUAUGCUGAUGUACAAGAAAGAUGAUUAACAUUAUAUGGUAUAAAGUUUGUUCUUUAGCCAUAUUGGAAAAUCCCCAUGCAGUUACUCUUCUAACUCCAGGCAGAUCUUAAGAAUUUCAGAGUUAACCAUUUACCUACACCUGAUUGUGACAUAACAACAACAAUAGCCACUUUAGGGAGGAUUUUGAAGUGAGAAGAUUUUUAUUAUUAGAGGAAAUAUCAGAAUCCAAAAUGGUUGACUGUAUAUCAGUUUGGUAAUUGUAAUUAAGAUGACACAUACUAA